AUGAAUUUCAAUCUAUCCACUGAUCGAUUAUUGGUGAUAUGUUCCUAUAUUUUGAUGGGAUGUACUUUUUGUGGACAAGUGUUUAUUAGUAUUUGCAUGGUCAGACAAUCGCUGGAGUUUCGGUCAAUGAUGAAAUCUCGUGAAGAAGCAGAAGAAAAGGAAACAAAAGAAACAGAUGAAGAUCAAGCAGAAGAAGAUUUUUAUCUACAUGUACCAUUAGCCUUGUUAAUGACAAUGUGGGGAAUGGCUCUUAUUACAAUUGGCAUUCAUUUGAUAUCAAUCGUGCUUACCAUUCUUGGUUUUCGUCGUCGAGUACGAUCAAUGGCUUAUUGUUACUUUAUAUUUUUGACUUUCCAAUUCAUGAUGUGGUUUGACAUUACGACAAACGGAGUCUUCCUAAAGAUCCCCACCUUUUUCUGGGGUGGUUCACUCACUUUGAUCACGUCAAUUCUUUCAUUUUUUUUCUGGUAUUGGCGAGCGAUGAGAACAUUCAUUCCACUUUUUCCUGAUCCUCAACGACCUCGUUUUCCAUUUAUG